AUGCCGCGCCAGUCGAGCACUUGGGUGGCCGGCGCAGAAGGCCGCGGGCGUGGCCGUGGAACCCGGAAACAUGUUGUCGUCGUCGGCGCAGGGAUCCUAGGCGUGUCGAUCGCCUACCAGCUGGCCCUGGGCGGAGCGCAGGUAACAGUGCUCGACAAGCAAGAGCCGGGGGCUGGCUGCACGCAAGGCGCCUUCGCCAUGAUCAUCGCGUCGCUACCGUACGCCUCGGAAGAAUUCAGCAAGCUGUACGGGCUCGCAGCUGGGGAGUGGCAUGCUCUUGAAGCCCAGAUUGACGAACCACUGCCGACCCAAUGGGGAGGGGUGGUCAACUGGGCGGCACCGGGGCCGAAGGCGGAAGAAUUGGCCGCUCAGACGGCCAGGCUUGAACGCUGGGGGUCCAAGGUCCAGCGUCUCACCGAGGACGAUGUUGGUCGUCUUGUCCCGGGCGCAGUCCCCGGGGCCUUUGGAGCUGGGAACUUCCUGUCGGAUUGGGGCGCUAUCGACCUUCACAAGACCUUUGAAAUCCUGCUCCGUCGGGCAAAGGACCUGGGCGUCACGUUUCGAACACCGCUGGAGGUCACCGGGAUCUCGGUCGCCAAUUCCGGGGCAGCUGUGGUCGAAGGCGGCCAUGAAGCCAUCGACGCGGACAGCGUAGUCGUUGCAGCCGGCGCGGGCAGCCCGGACCUGACAAGGCACCUAGGGGCGCGUGUGCCGCUCCGCCUUCAAUCCGGGACGCUGGCGUACAGCAAACCGAUGCCCCCUACUCUGAACCGCGUCUUGAACGGGCCCUCGGGCUCGAUCCGACAGAACCCCGAUGGACGAAUCGUGACGGCACUCGACUAUGCCCCUGGUGCAGACGGCCACGACACGGGCGAGGCAUACGGACGCGCGCUGCUCGCAAGAACUGUCCAGGUCGUCCCCGCGCUGGCCGGGAUCGAGCUCGACAAGGUGACCGUUGGCCACGUUCCCAUCCCGAAAGACAGCCAGCCCGUCACGGGCUUCUGCGACCCGCGAAAAACCAUCUACGUUGCGGUGAUGAUGAGUGGAAUCACCAUGGCGCCACUGAUGGGCCGCUUGAUUGCGACCGAAGUCCUUGGGCAGCCGGUGCAACUCUUGGAGGCCUACAGACCCGAAAGAUUCAGCACCUCAAAAUUGUGA